UUAAUGCUGCGUGAACAGGAAGGAAGGCGAGAGAAUGCAAGCACAAGUGCAGAGGGUGGAUAGAAGUAGUGGGGCUUUCCAGUGCAUUGGGCAGAAAAAGGGUAAGAGAGGGGGUUAAGAGAGGGUGACGUAAAAAAAGAGUCACAAAGGAAAGAGAAAAAAAUGAUUCCCCUGCCUGCAGCCGACGAACGGAGACACCACACAACAAGACCGCGUAAGUAAGCGUGAGAGACAGACAGAAGAGAAAAUAGAAGAAGAUAACUGACGCAAUAGCAGGGGCCAGCACGACCGAAUAAUCAUCAAUUUCUUGGUAACGUGAAUAGAAGAAUCAAGACAUCACUUCAAGUGUCCAUAAUUGGUGUCAACUGGUGUAAGCCAACAGACCUCAUAUGACUACACAAAACUAUUCAUACUGAAAGGAUCAAACCGAGACAACAGUGAAAGUAGCCAAGAUGGGAAAAGAGAAAUGCAAUGGCCAAAAAUGUCCGAAAGGGAAAUAUAUGGCUGCCGAAUGUGAUGCCACAUCUGAUAUAGUGUGUGAAAUAUGUCCACGUCAUACAUUUAGUGGUCAGGAAAACAGAAUGAAGCAGUGUCUACCCUGCAUGGAGUGCAGUAAGAACAAUAACCUGGUGAUGGUAAAGGAGUGUGAGGCAGACAAAAACACAGAGUGCAGGUGUAAGCCGGGAUACUACUGUACACAUUUAAGCAAUUCCCACUGCGAUCACUGCAGUCCCGUCUCCAAGUGUCCUCCAGGAAAAGGGGUCAAUGUUAAGUACACGUUCCAGUCAGACACUGUGUGCAAACCCUGCCCUGAGGGAACCUACAGUGAUGUGGAGGAUUAUGAGUCCGUCUGCAAAAAUCAUACAAGUUGUGAUGAUUUUGGUCGAGAUGUGAAAGUUCCUGGGACCAGCACAUCAGAUGUUGUGUGUGGAAAUUUUAAACCAUGUACUACAUCUUGUUCUUGGUUGUUACCUGCUAGCCUGUGGACAGGGGUCGUGGUUACAGCCUUGAUUGUAUUUCUGGUCCUGUUUAUAAUUUACUGGAGAAACAAACGUCGGUCAGAAAUAUCAGAGAUUUCUUCAAGCCAAAUCUCGCCAGUGCUUCCUCCAGACAUCCUGAAAUACCCUGCAGACUUUGACAUGGAGAAAUGUGUAGAGUGUGACAAACAAAAAGCUGAAAAUUACACAGAGAUGGACAGUUGCAUACAGUGUGAUGGAGUUAUGUCAACAAAGAGAGUGUCGGGAAAAUACAGCCAAAUAACUGCCGCAAAUGGAUAUACAGAAAGCAUGUAUCACUCUGCUUAUCAUUCGCAGCCACAGGAGUCUGAAUGGAAUGAUUAACUUUGACACAUUAACUCCCUAUUAACCCCUAAUUAACUCCCUAAUUAAAGGUUUUCUCUGUCA